GCAGCAGAGGAGGCAGCGGGACCUGCCGUGCCUUGUGUCGCUGUCAGGGAGGUUCAAGCUGUCGGAGCAGAGGAGGGGAGGGACGGUCCGGGUCCUGGUCUCUAAAUCCACCAACAUUUGAAUCACAAUUGGAGCGCGUUGGAGGCGAAAGAGGCUCGGCUGGCUGCGCUGCGCUGCGGGGGAUGUGCGCACACAAUGGGAGACGACGCACUGGCACCGUCCGGGACGCGGCGGUAGAAUAAUAUUUACCCUCCGUGUGUUUGGAAUGGAGACGCGGAUACCGGAGCAGGAUCCAGAGCUGUCCGCGGGGCGCACGGCGGAGGACUCCCGGUGGUAAGGACUUCCUCUGUCCGGACAGAAAAGUGUUUUUCCAUGCCGGGGGAGCCUCGGUGUUCCGGACAGAGCGCUGCUGUAGACCCGGACACAGGAGCGGAGGACGCGCCUGCUCGUUGCAUUUGUUACCGGUUUAAAUCCCGCAGGAAUGAACACGGAAUUUGUUUCCUCCGUCAAAGUCCGCGCUGUUUGCACAUCUGGAUGAGGAAGAAGUCGGUUAUUGCCCCGUGGAGUUUUCUCUGAUGCGGUUCAACCCGUUUUACCGUCUGCGGAGAAACGAUUCAACUUAAUUUACUCGUUCCACGUUGAUUUGAACCCGAGAAGACGAACAGAAAUCCUCCUGCUGAAUAGAUAAGACUCCUAAAAAUAUUACACAAGUAUUAAAGCAUCGUUUUAGUAAUUUCCACACAAUGGGCUUAACUUCAGUGCAGUAACACAGACUGUGAAGGAGAGCUGGGGAGGGACAUCAGUGCUUCUCCUCAUCAGGGAUGUUCCUUCUCGACACCAGCUGCACUGAAAGGAUGGAGAGGGGCACGCCUCAGAGGAAAACCGUCUACCGGAUCUCCCUCACCUUGGUGAAGAGGGAGAGUUUAGAUGAUGAGGAUGGGGGGUCGGGCCCCCGGCGGGCGGAGAACCCCAAGGUGGGCGCCUUCCGGCGGGAGGGGUCGGUGGAGAUCCAGCGUAGCGGGCUGCUGGAGCAGCUGCAGGAGGUGGAGGACGAGUCGGACGAGUUCUCAUCGUCACGCGGCUGCAUGAGGAACUUCAGGACGUUCAGCACAGGGCAGCUGGAGCUGGGGAGGCUGAAAAUCUCCAGGAAACAUCUCCUACAGAAGGAAAAGGCCACCAGCCCGGUGGCAGAGCACAGCAGAGAGUCAGCACCGGGUCCGGAGGACUCCCCGGGGGACAGCAGGGAGCAGGAAGCAGACCGUUCACACGGACUCAGAGAGGAUGUUUGCACUGAAAGCCCACAAACAGCCGCCGCUGUGGAGAACGGCAGCGCCGACAAGAAGAAGAGGCUCCUGAAAGCCAGGAGCAUGGAGGAGAGGACCCCCGAUCCUCCUCUGAACGGGGAGGGGAAAAUGUCCCACUCCAAAAGCAACGGCAAAGCGGCCAAAGCCUCCUCCCCUGAGACGCCUCCUCUGAAGCGGCCUCCUGGCCUGCUGCGCCGCAGCUUCAGCUUCAGACACUGGACCGGCGGCGAGCUGCUGCGUCUGCGGGCGCUCUCCAGAGACAAACACCACAGCAGCUCCGGCUGCAUCGGCCGCGACGCUGCGCCAGACCGUGGCGAGAAGGACGCGGAGGCCGCUGAUGUGCCCCCGGCUUCCCGCCUCGCAGACCCCACCAGACAGAAGAGCCGGACUCUGGAGGUCGGCGCCGUCCUGAACAAGACGGACUCCAUGUCUGAGCUGAGCCGCUGGGAGAGGGCGCGAGGCAACAAGAACCGGACGCUGGACAACAGCGACCUGCUGCGGCUGGCGGCCGAGAAGGACGGGUCAGGAGGGGGGCUCCUGCUGAGGGGAGGGGGAGGUCGCUCCAGCGAGAGGCGUCUGGUCCGCUUCUUCAGCGGGAUCUUCUCCAGGAGGGACUCGGCGUCCACCUCCACCCCGGUGGGGAGCCCCAGCACCGACCGAUCCCUCCAGCGGACCAAGAGGAGGGUGCUGUCCCAGUCCAGCACCGAGAGCAUGAACGGAGGAAGCACUGAAGAUGCAUUCGUGAACAGUCAGGAGUGGACGCUGAGUCGAACGGUACCUGAACUGAAAGUGGGCAUUGUGGGUAACCUGGCCAGCGGUAAGUCGGCGCUGGUCCACAGGUACCUGACAGGAACGUACGUCCAGGAAGAGUCACCUGAAGGCGGUCGCUUCAAGAAGGAGAUCGUGGUCGACGGUCAGAGUCACCUGCUGCUCAUCAGAGAUGAAGGAGGCCCCCCGGAGGCCCAGUUUGCAUUGUGGGUCGACGCCGUCAUCUUCGUCUUCAGUCUGGAGGAUGAGAUCAGCUUCCAGACGGUUUAUCACUACUUCAGCCGCCUCGCCAACUACAGGAACACCGCCGACCUGCCGCUGGUGCUGGUCGGCACGCAAGACGCCAUCAGCUCAGCCAACCCGAGAGUGAUCGACGACAGCCGAGCCAGGAAACUCUCCAACGACCUCAAACGCUGCACCUACUAUGAAACCUGCGCCACCUACGGCCUCAACGUGGAGCGAGUCUUCCAGGACGUCGCCCAGAAGAUCGUGGCCACCAGGAAGAAGCAGCAGCUGUCCAUCGGGCCGUGCAAGUCGCUGCCAAACUCGCCGAGCCACUCGUCCGUCUGCGCCACACAAGUGUCGGCCGUCCACAUCAGCCAGACGAGCAACGGCGGCGGCAGUUUGAGCGACUACUCGUCGUCGGUGCCGUCCACGCCCAGCACCAGCCAGAAGGAGCUCCGCAUCGACGUCCCGCAGACCACCAACACGCCGACGCCCGUCCGAAAGCAGUCCAAACGGCGCUCCAACCUCUUCACCUCGAGGAAGGCGAGCGACACGGACAAGGACAAGAAGGGCCUGGAGGCUCGAGCCGACAGCAUCGGCAGCGGGCGAGCCAUCCCCAUCAAACAGGGCAUGCUGCUGAAGAGAAGCGGAAAAUCCCUCAACAAGGAGUGGAAGAAGAAGUACGUGACGCUGUGUGACAACGGACUGCUCACCUACCACCCGAGCCUGCAUGACUACAUGCAGAACGUCCACGGCAAGGAGAUCGACCUGCUGAGGACCACGGUGAAGGUGCCCGGUAAGAGGCCGCCCCGGGCCGUGUCCACCUGCGCCGCCGCGCCGAGCCCCAAAACCAACGGCCUGACGAAGGACAUGAGCAGCCUGCAGCUCGGACAGACUCCAGGUUCGGUGACCAGCAGCUCGUCGGUGUCUCAGAUGGCGAGCGGCGUCAGUCUGGUGUCUUUCAACAGCCGCGGCCUGGAGGGCAUGCACCAGCGCUCCUACUCCGUCUCCAGCGCCGACCAGUGGACCGACGCCACCGUCAUCGCCAACUCCGGAGUCAGCACGGAUACGGGUCUAGGAGACUCGGUCUGCUCCAGUCCCAGUAUCUCCAGCACCACCAGUCCCAAGAUGGAGCCGCCGCCGUCGCCGCACGCCAACCGCAAGAAGCACCGGAGGAAGAAGAGCACCAGCAACUUCAAAGCCGACGGCCUCUCUGGUACUGCGGAAGAACAAGAGGAGAACUUCGAGUUCACCAUCGUGUCGCUGACGGGCCAGACGUGGCAUUUUGAAGCCACUUCGUACGAGGAGCGAGACGCCUGGGUCCAGGUGAUCGAGAGCCAGAUCCUGGCCAGCCUGCAGUCCUGUGAGAGCAGCAAGAACAAGUCUCGUCUGACCAGCCAGACGGAGGCCAUGGCUCUGCAGACCAUCAGAAGUAUCCGAGGAAACGGGCGCUGUGCCGACUGUGAAGCCCAGAACCCGGACUGGGCGAGUCUGAACCUCGGGGCCCUGAUCUGCAUCGAGUGCUCGGGCAUCCACAGGAACCUUGGCACCCACCUGUCCAGGGUUCGAUCUCUGGACCUGGACGAGUGGCCGCUGGAGCUCAUCAAGGUCAUGUCGGCCAUCGGCAACGAGCUCGCCAACAGCGUGUGGGAGGCCAACACCCAGGGGCGGCUCAAACCUGGACCAGACGCCAGCAGGGAGGAGAGGGAGCGCUGGAUCCGGGCGAAGUACGAGCAGCGUCUGUUCCUGGCGUCGCUGCCCGGCGCCGACCUGUCGCUGGGCCAGCAGCUGCUGAGGGCGACGGCCGAGGAAGACCUCCGCUUGGUCGUGCUGCUGCUCGCCCACGGGGCCCGACAGCAGGUCAACGAGACCUGCGGGGAAGGAGAUGGACGCAACGCGCUGCACCUGGCCAGCCGCAAGGGCAACGUGGUCAUCACGCAGCUCCUCAUCUGGUACGGCGUGGAUCUGAUGGCGAGGGACGCCCACGGCAACAGUGCGAUGGCGUACGCUCGGCAGGCCAGCAGUCAGGAGUGCGUGGACACGCUGGCUCAGUACGGCUGCCCCGAUGAGCGCUACCCGCUCAUGGCCACGCCCAACCUGUCGCGCCGCAACACCAACCGCAACAACAGCUGCAGCAGCACUGGCAGCGCCGCGCUCAUAUGACCGCCGGACGCUUUACGACAAACAAACAAACCCCGAUUUGGGAGAAUCCUGACCGUUUAUUUUGGGAACCACUACCUGUCGUGACUCUAAGCCCCGCCCACCUCACCUGACCACCACCACUACUGCCGUCGGCUCGUUAAGACUGAUUAAACCUGAUCGCAGGUCAGUGGUGACGUCUGGGAGAACCCUCGACAUGCAUGAUGGGAAACGUGGUCCUUCACCUGUCACCGGCUCAUCAGAGCAGUUUGGGAAAUAGUCACAUGACUUAUGAAAGCCAAUGACGGCCAGUCUGAAGCUCAAGGGACAUCGUACCUCAUCACACACAGCUACACUUCAACACUACAGGACCAGCUUCAGAGUCACAACACUCUUCGCCCAACAGCCAAUCAGAAUCCUCAGAAAUCUGCACGCCAAAACAUAUCGUCAGGACGCAACGAAGAAAAUUGUGAGACGACGACAUCACGAAGGAAAGCGGAGGGGGGGGGGGUCUCGGUAGCAUGUCCACUCACACUCGGUGCUUUCAGGAAGCCAUUUGAACUGCACAUCAUCAUCACCUUCAUCAUUGGCGGCGGCGGACUCCCGCCCUGCAGCGCCGCUUUCACCUCCCUCUGAACUCUCCUGCUUUUCCACCUUUUUUAAUGUGAAAACUUGAUGUAAAACUUUAGAGCGCGAGGUUUGGAGGUAAACAGAGGUGAUAGAUCGCAUGUCCUAAACUCUCUGCUUCCUCCUCCUCCUCCUCCUCCUUUCACUCAUUUCCUGGUUGUGUAUAUUCUCUCUCUGCUGGACCAAUCGUUCAGUCUGUCGUCACGGGGAGAGGGCUCUGUCAGGCUCAGGGACCGACCGUCCAACACAAACACCCCGCCGUCUUUUCCCAGAUCAGAGUCCUGAAACCGGUUUCGGGUUUAACGUGUUCUCUCUUCACUCGGCUCAGAAUCUAAACUCACCUGUCCCAGGUGUGGACGACAUGACGUGAAAUCCGCAUGUUGAUAUACGUGUUUUUAGAGCUUCGGAUUAUCUGCAGAUUAUUUUCUCCAUCGAUUGACGAAUUGUUCGGCCUUGAAGUGAGUGAAGACGGUCCAGAAACGUCAGAACUGAUUCUGGAUCUGGGUUAAUUGGAUGGUUGAACGUCUGGUCACAUGGAUCGUACAGUUACUGUGAUUUAGACGUUUUAUUUAUUGUGGACAGACGUUAGAUUGAAGAUGUCGGCCGUCGCUGAUCGAACAGGAGAUUCGGGAUCAGGUUCAGAGAAGUGUUCAUGUUAUUAUUGUGACUUUCUUCUUGGUAUGUUGGUCUUGUGUGGACAGAAAAGUCGAUUAUCUGAUUAUCUGAUCUGACUGAACUGUGAGCAUCUUAAACCCCGUCUGAUGUCCAUCCUGGUCAAACAACGUUUAAUUUAAAAUGUCCCUGAAGAGAAUUUUCUUGUUUUUAUGUGUAAAAAUGGAAAAGAAGCAGCUAAAAGCCACACGGAGCGAAAAGGGAAUCGAUCUUCUUCUUCUUCUUCUUUUCUUUCUUCUUCUUCUUCUUCUUCUUCUUCUUCUUCUUCUUCUUCAGGUGUUUUUAAGCUGUCAGAUCUGACGAAUCACGGUGAGGAUGAGAUGAUAAGUCACCCAGUUCCCUCCAGUCCCGUCCAAUCAGACAGCCUCCCCGAUCCGCUCAGCGAAUCACUAAGAAGGGCUUCUUUGUCGUCUCUUGUCUGGAAACCUCCCCGUUGUACAUAAUCUCCUCUCUCUUCGUCGCUUUCUCUUUUUCAGCGGUGACGUCGUGUAAAUUAGAGAAAACAGGAAGUACUUCCUGUUCGCCGGUGUGUCGGGUUGCAGAGUGGAAGUGAUUCAUUCGUCGACGUGGACCGAAUGUUGCCGCAGGAAGUUAAACCAGUGGUCCCAGCCUGGAAGUCUCUGCAGGGCUGCGAGAAGGUCUAGUCUGAGCAGUUUCAGGACUGAUCCAGAUGUGGUCGAGUUCAGGUCAGGAGGUAUCUGGUGUGUUCACACGGCUGAGUCCUGUAGAAAAUCCAGUUUUAUCUGGUUUAAAGGUUGUGAACGACCGGUCUGAACGUCCUCUCGUCGUGAAUCAUGAAUGUUUCAGGUUAGUUUCAGGCGUCACAUCGAAGUGUACAGCUCACACCUUUCUCACCAGGUGACGCGGAUGUGACGGAGCGUUGAUGUGUUCUGGUCGUCGGGAAAGACGUCGAUGAGUUUCACCUUCAGCGCGACGCUGAGCGCCGACUGCUCGUCUCUUCUUCUUCACCCUUUUUACCGUCUCGUCCUCAAAUGUUGGAGGUCGCCGCAGAGGUCCUGGAGCAGCUCUCAACCCGACGCUGUAUUCAAGCAAUAUUCAUAAACCCAUCUGUCGCUGUCGCAUCGGGACAUUUCAGCAAUUUUCCCAUUAAACCACAAACUUAGUCUGUUUGUAGAAAUGUAAGAAAGAGCGAAAAGAAAAAGAAAAAACAUGAACUCUGAAGUGUUCGUCCUCAUGCCUUUCGUUUAACACGCCUGCCUUUACGUUCCUAAUGUCGUCCAACCUGUUUCCCGUUCGUGCCACGACCCCUUUUCCUCUCGCCGUCGUCCCAAAGAUGGCGUUUGAUCUAAAUACUAAACUAAGGGGUUAACGACUACAACUUGUGUCUUCAAAGUGUUUUAUUUUAUUUCAUGUUUUUAUAUCCGACUCGUCCCACGUCUGUCCUGAAGCAGGACAGCAGGACCGGGCAAAGACGUCCUUUUAUUUUUGACAGAAGUGCACUAAAUAUGAUUCAGUCCUUUUCUUUCCUCCCUUUUUUGGCAUUAAAUGGUCAUUUGUGUUUGUUGGAGAAGUGGCAGCUCCUGCAGGUUUCCUCUAAACUUCUUCGUGCUCUUCAUGUGAACGGCAUCCAAACUCUGAGCGACUGUUCAUCUCCAGUCCCUUUAUUUAAAUUUAAAUAGCUGUUAGCAGUGAACAAGCUAGCAACGUGUGUUUUCAAUCUGAGCCUAAACCCAGAAUGAAAAGCUGGCAAAUGUCCAGAGGACAGAAACAUCGUUUCCAACAAGUUCAGUUCAUUGGAGCAGAAAAAGUUUGGUCGUCUCUGCUUUAAAUGUUAAAUGUUAAUUGGUACAGAAAUCAUUUGUCAGUAGGAUAACGCUAACUCAUACUGUAGCUAGCAGUUAGCACUUUAGCGUGGAGCAAAUUCACAAUCCAGCUCCAGCUAGCGAUCAACUAGCUAAACACAGCUAACGGAGAAGCAGGGCAGUGCUGAGUCAUCUGUUCUGGAACAGACGCUUUUACCUGUUUGUAGCUGCAGAAACCGCUGAGUCGUCUGUCCUUGAAGCUAAAGGCAGCUAGCAGUGAACAAGCUAGCGCGGCAGCAUUGUUUCAGCUUGCAAGCAAACAAUGAAUACUUUUAUCUUAUUUUUAACUGCUCUUUUUCUCCUCUGAGAAAAUUGUUUCCGGAAUGGAAACAUCCUGUGAAGCUACAGCCGCAGCUAGCGAUCAGUUAGCUAAACGCAGCUUUUGGCAUUAUAGACAGUUUUCUCUCAACGGAUCUGUGAUCUUCUCGCUUCAAAAGUCCAAAUCAAAUCCAAAGUCGGUUUAUUUGAUCUCGUCGCAGCAGAGAAAACUCGCCAAUCUCUGCUUUUAUCUGUUUGUAUUCAGAGAAACUGCUGAGUCAUCUGUCACUGAAGCUAACUGCAGCUAGCACCAAACACGCUAGCACAGUUAUUUUCAACUAGCAAGCGAACUUUACGAGUGAAGCUGCCCACUUGUAGAUAAAUCACGUCAGCUUUGAAAAGGCAGGACAACGAGGAAACCGCUAAUAUUCCGCUAAGUGCUCGCCACCUCAUCUGUACAUAGACUUCAAUCGACAAAACAAAGAAAAAAAAAACAACUCCGUAUGUUCAACAUUUGGUUUGUCUGGUUGUGUUACCUCUUGUAGUCUUUACCCCUGAGCCCCACCCACCAGGGCUGUCCCUACAUUAUUUAUAAACGCACCCUGUGAGGAAGACUCCGCCCCCUCAAACCUGCAUUUUUGUAUAUUUUUCUCUGACCUCCAGUCCAUGUUUUAUUCUUAUUGUCUUGAUUUAUCAUCCAGACACAUUAUUGUCCUUAUUGUCAUUGUUAUUCUAAUUAUUAUUAUUAUUGUUGUUGUUAUUGACUUUUCGUUGGCUGUACAGUACCGUUGUUGAAAAAUUUUACUUAAUACAGAGUCUUCUACUGUAAUGUGUCUCUUUCAAUAAAGACAAGAAUAAUGCUUCUUA